GGACACGAAACAACAGCAACGAGACCUGACCUGCACACUUGCCAUCACUUGAACACACAUACAUUUGACAAGACAAUCCCACACACACACACACACACUUGAAUAUAGGCUCACACUACACUAAUACACUUGGACUCAGAAACUGAGAUACUAUAUCCUAUCGUCACCCAGAGGACACCUGUGUGAGGGAAUUUACCUGACUCCAGAUCAGGACGAGAGAUGACUAAGGAGAAUGAGACCCUGAUGGUGCUACAGAACGAGACCUUUAACUAUUCACGCUACGCUGAAAGCUACCUGAUGGAGCCCUGGAGCUCCUACUCGGAGCCUGACCUCAGCAAGACCAAGGACGACAUCUCUCCCUUCGCCUUCAUCUACGAGACCAAGGCCCCUAAGGACCAGAGGAUGAUGUCCUGCAGUAGAGGCAGCAGCUUGUACAAGCCUGACAGAACCGUGGGGCCCACAUCACCUGACCUGCUCUCGCUGGAGAGUCCGACCAACAUCAUGAAGCUGCUGACCUCCAACAUGGCCGCCACCGUAGGACAGCCACAGGAAGUCCUGGACCUCAACAGGAAGUUGUCACCGCUCUGCCCCCCCUCCAAGCAGACUGCCGCCACCGUCAGCCCCGUCCCCCAGGCCUACGUGCCGCCCACCGUCACCGAGAGCUACGACAAGCAGGUCAUCAACACCAUCUUCGACAGCCUGCUGCAGACCGCCUACCCAACCGCUACCACAGAAACGACGGGAUCCUACACGGAUCCAUUUGUGGGCCAGAGCAGCCCAGUCUACUCCGAGUCCUACACCAACUCCCCCCCAGAGAGAUUCAGAAAUGAUUUCCAGUUUGUGCUCGGCGCACCCAAGGCCUCCCAGCACAAGACCACGGAGAUGCCCAUGGUGUACCUGAACAAGGGCCAGUUCUACCCCAUCAGUCUGCUGGGCAUGGAGAACAGCGCGGGACAGCCCAUGGGGAGGGUCAAGACGGUGAUCAUGGCUGUGUUUGAGAACGACAAGAGUCCGGAGAUGCAGCUGAAGUGCUGGAACCACUGGCACGCCAGGCAGCCCACCGUCAAGCAGAGGGUCAUCGAUAUCGCGGAUUACAAAGAAACUCUCAACGGCAUCAGCAAUGUGGAGGAAGUGGCAUUCAAUGCUCUGUCUUUCAUCUGGAACACCGCAGAUGAGGCCAAGGUGUACAUCGGCAUCAACUCUCUCAGCACUGAUUUCUCUGCCCAGAAGGGCGUGAAGGGGCUGCCACUCAACCUCCAGAUCGACACCUAUGACAUCAGCACCGGCACUAACACCCUCAUCCACCGCGCCGCAUGCCAAGUCAAAAUCUUCUGCGAUAAGGGAGCAGAGAGGAAGAUGAGAGAUGAGGAGAGGAAGAGGAGCAAGAGGAGGGUGAAGAACGACAACGGUAAAUCCCAUCUGAGCAGCUCCAUUGGAUCUGACAGCACCUGCUUCAAGACGCUGGAUGACCAUGUGACCCAGCCCGUCCUGUUCAUCCCUGAAGUGCACUACAGCAACAUGCAGCGCUGUGGAAUGGCGCCGGCGGUGCUGAGUGAAGACGGGGACUCGCGGGGCUCUCUGAAGAGGGUGAGCUGUGUCCCUGAGGGAGGGGAGCGGUGCAGCCCGCCCCCCAACAAGAUGGCACGCCGGGAGGAGCAGCAGAGAGUUCUGCUGUAUGUGAGGAAAGAGACGGAGGAGGUGUUCGAUGCCCUCAUGCUCAACAGUCCCACGCUCAAAGGCCUGCGAGAAGCCAUUUCAGAAAAGUACGGUGUGCAAGAGGACACCAUUGGGAAAAUCUUCAAGAAAUGCAAACGAGGGAUCUUUGUCAACAUGGAUGACAACAUCGUGGAGCACUACAGCAACCACUCGGCUUUCCUCAUCAACAUCAACGAGGUCAUGCUCGGCCUCUUCCAAAUCACCCUCACCGAGCUCUAGAAUCAUCCACAGCUCCGCCACCCCUCUCUUCACCACCCCACCACGGCCAAUUCCUCUGCCUCCACCACCUCCUCCCCACCUCUACUGCCAACUCCUCUGCCUCCACCACCACCUCCUCCAUGUUACAAUUGUGGCCAUAAUGGCAGUUCUCUGUCCCUUCUCCCUUCUCCCUCCCAGCCUUUCUCCAUCUCCAGAUGUUCCUUUCUUGGACCAUCCUUGGAGACAUAAAGCACUGAUUCCCCCUCCACACCACCAUAUCACCAUAGAGACUCCAGCGUGACCGCCGGUCACUAUGGAAACAAGAGGAAGCAGGAAGUGAUGACUUAAUAAUAAUAAUAACAAGCAGAGCCAUGUUGUACAUAUGAGCUCACCAAUCAAUGUCAAGCCAGACGUUGCCCGUGUAAAUACAGCUUCCUGUUGUCCUUCUGUUAUGAAAAACAUUUUAAUUUUAUUUUAAUAUAACAAGUAUUUUAUACUAUGAGCAUUUAUUAUGGUGAAUAUGAUGAAUAUUUUGUAAAUAAGUAUUGUACAUAGAAGUUUUGGAAAACAAAAAAUUGAGUGUGGCAGUGGCAUCUCUGAGGAAUAAUUUUUGUUUUGGUUUUGCGAUGACGAUUUGCCUUGCAGAUGAACUUUGUUGCUAUUUCAAUGUAAUGUAUUCAAGUGAAACCUUUUCAUAUUUAAUUUGCUGCUUUUAAAUGUACAUGCAUCAUUUCCUUUCAUUUGCACUGAGCCACAUUAGCCUCAGUGUUUUGUUUUCAUUUUAAUCGCAUUUGUGACAAAAGCCAUGCUUUUGCCUUCAGCAUAGCUGCCAGAGGUACAUUUGCAUUCGUACAAUUUCAUAGUUGUGCUCUUUUUUUUAUAGAUAACACUCUCAUUCACCCGCAGUAGCCGGCUACCUGUUUGUUUCACAUCUGAAUUUGUCAAGGUUUUAAGUUGUUUAUUAUUAUUAUUUUUCAUAAUAGCAAUUUUCGUAGCCGAGACAUUUUUGGACUCAGUCACACAUUUCCACUCCCAUAUUUGGCUGCUGCAGACAGCUGCUUGGCCCAGUCAGCUCUCCGAGUGGGCCCGCGAGUGGGCCUCAUGUGAGCCGCAUCCUAACCGUGUCCCAGACAGAUCUAGUCUGAUGUGAUCCACUCCCAGGGGUCAGCAGUUGUCUGAGAUGCAUUCUCCAGUGUUCCCCCUCCUCAGAAAGACCAGAAAAGUGAACGUUGUCGCU